AUGGCUCGCAUCACUGGAGUCGCACUUCUAAGCCUGGCGCAAGCAAUUCAUGCUCAAAGCAGCUUUACUGUUGCUAGCACUGCCCCAGCAAGUGCCGGUACCCCAUUUCCAGCCUUCAUAAGCUACUCCAUUGAGUUUGCUUUCUUUCCGGAUUACGCUGGAAACGCCUCAAAUCCGGGUACUUUCUCAUAUAACCUGCUCAACAAUCUUGCCGACUUCCAAGGUACUAAACCGCACAUUCGAGUGGGUGGAAACACACAAGAUUAUGCUCUAUACGAUGCAAAUCUUCCAUACGCGGUGAAUGGUACCAUCAAUCCAUCCAGGGCUGUGGAUUAUCCAACAACUGUUUACAUUGGCCCUUCCUUUUUUGACUCGUAUAGUACUUGGCCAGAUGUUAAAUUCAGUCAUGGAUUCAACAUGGCACUGGGCGCCAACAAUUCUGCUGGAUGGCAAACCCUACUAGAUACGAUACCUUUGGCAUGUAAAGCGCUAGGAGGUGGGAAACUUCUCAUGUGGGAGUAUGGAAAUGAACCAGAUCUGUAUUCUACCUCUGCACAAGGACCAGUUCGACCUCCAACUUGGAACGAAUCAACAUACGUAAGCCAAUGGCUAAAUGGGAGCCGACAAAUCAAGGAAGGAGUUGCAGAAGCUUGUCCUGAUCUAGCUUCCUAUGGGUUCUUGGCACCCUCCUAUGCGGGUGUUGACAACCAUCUCAACCCUGUUACGACAUGGAGAGAUGGAGUGGAUGUUGAUAAGGAUAUUGAAUUGAUAUCGUCACAUAAUUAUAUUGGUGGUGCGACACAGCCAGGUGUAACACUCCAAAAAACCCUCAUGAACCACACCUCAACCGUGGCGUCUGUCGCCCUUCAGCUAAAUGUAUCUCACCUUCUUUCCCCUUUCAACGUACCGUUUACUCUCGGAGAAACCAAUUCUCUUUACAAUGAAGGUGCACCAGGGUUGUCAAAUGCAUACGGUGCUGCUCUAUGGAACGUAGACUUCGCUCUCUACUGCGCAAGCAAGAACAUUAGUCGCAUCAAUUUCCACGAGGGAGUCGGCUUCCGCUACGGGGCUUGGCAACCUAAGGACACAGAUACUGUCACAAAAGGCACGAAGGCUCCAUACUACGGAAACAUUGCCGCAGCCGCCUUCCUCUCUAAUCUUACCGCAUCCACCACAACCAUAGCCGAAAUUCCAUUGACCAAUGAGAUGGAAUCUGCUUAUGCCGCCUAUGUCAAUGGCGCUCUAAAGCGCAUCAUCAUUAUUAACAUGCACCAAUACAACUACACCGUCAAUGGAACAUCUUCGCUCUUAAACCCUGUCCCUCGUCCAACCAGAAAAUAUACCAUCACGAUCCCCACCAACAAGGCAGCUAGAUCAUCAAGCUAUAAUACACCAGCCGCGCUGCCCAAAUCAGCAACACUAAGAGCCCUUCAUGCAAAUGGUAGUGAUGCAAUCACGGGUAUUACAUACGAUGGAUAUUCCUACAACUAUGAACUCAAUAAUGGACUUCCUGUACGAUUGCACAAUGUAACGGUUGGACAUACCGUUAAGGUUAAGGAUGGAAAAUUCACGGUACCGGUUGAAGAUUCGGGAGCUGUGAUGGUUGAUUUUGGGGCAUAA